AUGGCAAUUAUUGAUUAAGAGUCUCGGUUACUAAGUCAACGAAUCCUAAAUGAAUUUCAUAUUAAUGAAAUCCGAAAUAAUUUCAUUAGUAUUCUAGGAAUAAACAAAACUCAUUUCGGGUAAUACUUUAUGUAAAAAUUAUCUAAAGAAUCAACGAUUUCGCCAAUCUAAUCCAUCGAUUAGCUGAAAAUAAUCAAGUCUAAUAAGUAACUAUCCAAUAAUUGUUUAACAUAUUUGAUUAAAACAAAGAUGGAAAACUUGAUUGGAAUGAAUAUCUGAAGUUAUUUGUAGAUUACAUUGAUAAAAUGUAAUGCCUAACAUAUCUGAGAUCAUUGUCUUCUUUAGAGGAAUAGAGCCAGUAAUUGAUUUAAAUUAAGUUGUAGAUAUCUGCAAUAAUUACAAAUAGCCUUUUUAGUUUCACCAUUCAAAUAACUUUUUACCACCUAAAAUUCAAAAUAGGUUGAACAUACUCUAGCUAGUUUAGAAAAUAGAUCAUCAAAUAAAUAAAUAAAAAAAUAUUACUUUAUUUGCAGAGAUUCUUUUGAACCUUCUCUAAUUUAACUUCAUUAAGAUAUUAUAAUAUUUUAAGACUUAAAUAUUUUGCCAACCCAAAUUAUAUAAGUUUUGAAAAUAGUCUUAUUAUAAAGAUUACCCCACGUAAAAAUAAAUAAAGUUGAUUAUGUAACAUAAUUGAUUUCAUAAAUCAUAAAUAAUGGAUAUUGCAAUCAUCUUUUCAAGUUAUUGUUAAUUGACGAUGAAAAAGAUCAAAAUUAGAUUUUGGGAAUGCAAGCUCUAACAUUAAUUGUAGCUACAAUCCAUAUAUAUAAUAUCCAUAUCCUAAUUCCUAUAUAGAGUGAUAUAUUGGUAGAUACAAUUCUAAAUAUCAUCUCAGAAAGUUAAAAUGAUCUGAUUAUUGAAUAAGGUUACCUAUUGUUGGGACAUUUAAUUUUAUAUAAUUAAAGUUUUCAACAAAUAUUGUUUACUAAACGAUAAGCAAUCCUUAAUGUUGAGUUUACUGAUGAUGAAAAGAUAUUUUAUCAUAGCUGGUUUAUUGGAUGUCUAUUUUAUAGAUAUGAAACUCAUUAAGCCAGUAAAUUUAUUACUUAAAUGAAUGUUUUACCUGAUAAUUUACUUUGGCUUUAAAGUAUUCUCAAUUAUUAUCAACAAUAUGGAUUAAUUAAAUCUAUUGAAUAAAAUCAAAUCAGAAUUCAGAUACAAAUUAAUAUGCUCAUUAUAAUUCAACCUCUAUUGGCUACUCAAAUUCAUUCAGAUAUUUUGAUGGCACUUUUACAUUAAUUAAAAAAUUAAACUACAGAUAAUAGACUUAAAUUAUAAGUUAUAAGCACUCUUAAAAAAAUAUUUAAAUUACCUUAUUAAUUAAAUUAUUAAAAUUUUACAUCAUAAAAUAUCCUCUUAUCUAACAAUCUCUUGAAUAUUUUAAUGUAACUCAUUGCAGAUUCUAAUCCAUAAAUUAGUUAUAAAGCCAAAUAAUUAUUUUUCAAGACUCUAUGUCUCGAGAAUUCAGGAAUACUUUUAAAAUAUUUAUAAGAAUCUAAUAAUUUAUAGUAAUUCCUCUUUGUUCUUGAAAGUCAAUUUGUAUAAAAUGUUGAUACUAACUAUUAAAAAUAUUAAAUACUUACAAUCUUACGAAUAAUGAGUUAAGAUAGCAAUACAUUCUAGAUCUUAUCAAAAGAUUAAUGGUUCUUUAAAUUACUAAUUAAGGCAUUAAAUGCUAAUCAUUAAAUUUUUACUUCAAAUAAAUAAGUUAUGAUUAAUUGUUAUUAUGAUUAUCUUGUGAUUCAUGAAAUAAAAGAAUAUUGUGUUACUUUUAAUUUACAUUUUUAACCAAUGUUCAUUUAAAAACCUUAAUUAACAUAUUAAGUAUUAGAUACUAUAUAUUCAAUACUCCCAAAUUAAUAAAUAAUUAAUGAGAUUAAAUAAUACUUUGUUAAACUUUUAGAAAAUAUAGAUAAAUAUCAACCAUUAAUAUUAAAAAGAUAUUUAAAACAUCUUUAUUAAUCAGUUAAUGAGAUAAUAACACAAUUAACGCACUUAACUUUAUGUUUGAAUGAACUUGUUAAGAAACAUCAAGUUUAUAAUAAUAAUUUUAUGAGUUUCUUAUAAUAUUUAAUAAAUGAUCUUACAAAGUUCUAAGAUUAUUUAAUAAAAAAAAAAGAAUUAAUUGAUGAUACUUUAUUAAUAAUUGGAACUGAAGCUACUUAUGAUGGUUGUGUUGUAACAACUGUUUAUUUAAAUACUUAUUAAAAUAAUUCAAAAUGUAAAAUAGUUUUGAAACCUUAACUUACAUUAUUAGAAUUUGAAAAACAUGUUGAAUAAGGUCUUAAAAUUACUAGUCCUCUCCUAUAUUUAGUAAUAAAUUAGAAUCAUCCUAAUAAAAUACCUUAUGAUGAUUUCUCUAUUAUUGAUGAAUUAUCUUUUAGAAAAUUCAAAGAACUUUCAGAUUAAUUUAUAGAUACUCAAUUUGGAAGUGUCAAAGUCUCCCAAGAAGUUAUUGCUGUAGAACUCUUUAGAUUGAAAAUGGAAGAUUAUUCCAUGAAAAAAAUUUAUGAAGUCUUAAAUAAGGGAUCAUCAUAUAUUCAAUUCAAAUAAAUUCAAGACAAUAAAAUGUUAUGGUUUUUGGAAAAUAAUUUAGGUAAUUAAUUUAUCAAACUUUUAGAUAUUAAAGAUAAAGGAUAAUUAUUAUAAUAAAUAUUUCAACUCACCAAACUCCCUUAUGCAUAAAUAGAAAAUCUUUAUGAUGUAUUUUUAAUCCUCAUAUAAUCAUUAGUCUAUCAAUAAAUUUUUUGAUAAAAACUAACUACCAUAAUAAUAUAGAUAAAUAUCUCAAGACAAUUUUGUUGCUUAUCUAACAGAUAUGUAGAUUCCAAUAUAAUUAGCUAAAAAAAUUGGCACUUUUCUUGCCAAAAAUGUACAAGGCAGUCCUAUUGAUUUUUAGGAUUUUAUCUGCUUUGUUUCCAUUUUCUAUUAAUAAAGGUAAAUUUAUUUAUACUAUUUAUUAUCAAAAGCUUUAGUGAAACCAUUAUUAUGAAGUUUACUUAUCUUUUGUAUGCAAAUAAACAAGGAAUCUUUGGAAAAGAACAAUUAUGUGAUUAUUUAGAAACCAUUUUUGUAAUUCAUUCAUCUUACCAACUUUUAGGUUAUUUAAGAAUAAAAUAUUAAUAUAUAACAAAUCAAUGAAUGGGGUUCAAAUUUAUUUACAAAUAUUGAUUAAAAUUAAGAUGGUCAUGUUUCUUUUUAUGAAUACCAUGCCUUAUUAAAAGAAGAACAAUAUCGAGCUAAACUAUUAGAUCCAAUCUGUGCUCUAUUUACAAAUUUACCAUUUUAAAAUAAAACUGAUCAUUUCUUUUUUGGCACACCUUUAAAAUUAAUUAGAAGUUGA